UAUUGGACAAACACCCCUUAUUCACCAUGGAGAGCGUGGAUCUGGUAGUCGUGGGCGCAGGUUGGAGCGGUCUCGCUGCUGUCAAGACCUACCGCGAGGUCAAUCCCACCAGCAAUGUCCUGUUAUUGGAGGCAGCCAGCUCGGUCGGUGGAGUGUGGGCAAAGCACCGUCUGUACAAGGGCCUCAAGUCCAAUAACAUGCUUGGAACGUACGAGUACAGCGAUUUCCCUAUGGAUGAGGCCACAUUUGGCGUGAAACCUGGGGAGCAUAUCCCUGGUGACGUGGUGCAGCGGUACCUUGUCGCGUACGCCGAGCACUUCAAAUUCCUCGAUCGCGUUCGGUUGAACCAUUCUGUUGAGAGUGCUGAACACAACCUGGAUGGAUCAUGGAAAUUGAUCGUGUCGCAUGAGGAACAAUCACUGACGAUUGAGGCUAAGAAAUUGAUCGUCGCGACUGGAAUCACUUCGCAGGCUUAUCUGCCUACUUUCAAGGGCCAGGAGACCUUCGGCGCACCAUUGUUCCACUGCCGGGACAUUCUGCAGUAUGAAGCCGACGUCUUUAAAUCCGGGGAGCGAGUCACCGUCUUUGGUGCUACCAAGUCCGCAUGGGAUGCUGUUUAUGCGAGCGCAACAUCGGGCAUGAAGGUUGAUUGGGUCGUGCGGGAGUCGGGACACGGUCCAUGCUGGAUGGCCCCGCCAUACGUGACUCCACUGAAGAAGUGGCUGGAGAAGCUGGUGACAACACGGCUCUUGACCUGGUUCAGCCCCUGUAUCUGGGGUGAAGCCGAUGGGUACACUCGUGUGCGGAGCUUCCUGCACGGAACUUGGCUGGGACGGAAGAUCGUCGAUGCGUUCUGGGGCGUGCUAGCAGAUGAUGUCGUGCAGCUGAACGGCUAUGACAAGGAUCCGGAGAUGAAGAAGCUCAAGCCUUGGGUGAGCCCAUUUUGGAUUGCUUCAUCACUAAGUAUCCUGAACUACCCAACCGACUUCUUCGAUCUAGUCAAGAAUGGCUCAGUCAAAAUUCAUGUCGCCGAUCUGGACCAUCUCUCCGACCACACAGUUCAUCUGUCAACAGGCGAUGAACUACCCACCACAGCCCUCAUCUGCGCUACGGGCUGGCGUUGUACCCCAAACUUGAAAUUCCUUCCCGAGGGCAUCGACCGCACACUGGGAUUCCCUUGGAGCAAAGAUCCAAUUGAUGCCAAAAUGGUGGAAGCCGCCGACGCAGAGAUUCUGCGCCGUUUCCCUCGCCUCAGCGACCAACCUAACCCCAAUCCUAAAUAUCACCCCCUCGAUGAGACAUCCGAGGCAGCGGCCCCGCAUCCCUUCCGCCUGGCCCGUUUCAUGGUCCCCUUGUCAACACUCAAUGAGCGAUCAUUGGCCUUCAUGGGUGUCCCUAUGACAAUCAACACGACCCUGGUGGCCCAAACACAAGCCCUUUGGAUCUCAGCAUAUUUCUCAGAUCGAUACACACCUACUUCAACCGAGCGCUGCCCUCCCGCUGUCCGCGCAUGCUCCGACUCCAAGUCCGAGGAUGAUUCCGAGCUUGACUUGGCCUGGGAGACGACUCUGCACUCUGAGUUUGGAAAGUUCCGAUACCCGGCUGGCUUUGGCAAGCGGAAUCCUGAUUUUGUAUUCGAUGCUAUCCCGUACAUUGAUCUCAUGCUGCGGGACUUGGGCUUGUCCACGGAGCGCAAGAAGGGUAUGCUAGCACGAUGCUUCCAGCCGUAUGGGACGGAGGAUUACAAGGGCUUGGUGGAUGAAUGGAAAUCCAAAGCAUAA